AUGGCGCAAGAAGGAGAGUCCUUAGUGAUGCGUAGAUCCAAACGGAGUACUGCUGGCAAUAGGAUGGAAGCGGCAUUGGCGGAAUUCCGUGCUGAGGAUGUUGGUGUUGAUAUAGAGGACAUUGACUUCGUGAUCGAGAAGGGUAAUAUUUUGGCAGACGAAGAGGAUGCGUUCGAAUCUGACUUUGAGAGUACUGAUGAAGAGGUUGCUCAGGAAGACAUUGAUGCCGCUGCAGAGAACCUCGUUCGAGUAGAAGAGAGGACUGGGCGAAAGGCUGCGCGUUCGAAACUAGACAGAGUGACUGCCCUAGCCCACGCUCGUCAUAAGGCAACAUUCCAUCCACAAGAAUACACUUCCACUCAGUCAGGUUCAGCGAAACUGAAACGUCGUGUGUCACUGGGGCUUGUCGUCGACGCCGAAACAGGAGAAGUCAUAGAACAGGCCAAAAGACAGAGUCGCAGGAUGCAUACCAUGUUGAAUACAUCUGCCACUGUCAACAGAAUGAAAGAUGCCGAAGAGAAAAAGUCUACCUUGCCAAAGAAAGUGAAGACGACGAUACGGGCUCCAACCCAGGAUGAAUUAAUUACCCGUGCGUUGGAUAUGGAAGAGGGAAAUAUCAAAGAACAUCGUAACUAUCUCACUUUGGAAGAGGAAAAGCGUAAGCGUGCUCGCCUGGUACGCACAAGUAUUCAGGGACCUCUUGUCCGAUGGAUCAGCAAAGCGGAAGAAGUGACAAUAACUUUAGAAUCUCAUCCCACGGCUUUAUCACACGGUGGCCCGCCUCCUUUCUCGCAGCCCGUCAACAAUCUCGCAUACCCCGCCACUUCUUUGAUAACACCAGCUCAGCCUGUCUACCCUCCAUAUUAUUAUCAACCCCCAAAUAAAUCAUACACGUCACAAUCGUCGGCUACUACACAUGUCUAUCCUUCUUCGUCUGAGAUCACACAUCCAUUGCAUCCGAAGCCUUUGGUAUACAAAGAAAUAGUCAACAAGAACUACGUUAUUCACGAGCUGGGCCAAUCUGAGGCAGCCACUAGGCCGUCCUGGCCGAGUACGAUGAAGGCCAUGUUUGGUGAUCAUGUCAAGUGGGAGGAUCUCAGGGUCUAUAUUACCAAGGGGCGGCCAUUGACACGACCUGUACAAACAUGUCCUAUCACUGGCCGAGCUGCUCAAUAUAUGGAUCCACGAACCGGCGUGCCCUUUGCCAACAUGGAAGCAUAUAGGACUCUUGGUAAGAUACUUGCACACGAGUAUGUCUGGAGCGACAGUCUGGGGUGUUACAUCGGCCCAUCGUGA